AGGUACACGCUGAUCGAGAAAUGGCGGGACACCGAGAGGCACCUGGCGCCUCACGAAAACCCCAUCGUGUCGCUGAACAAGUGGGGACAGUACGCGAGCGACGUGCAGCUGAUCCUGCGCCGCACCGGGCCCUCUCUGAGCGAGCGGCCGACUUCGGAUAGCGUGGCGCGCAUCCCGGAGAGGACUCUGUACCGGCAAAGCUUACCGCCCCUGGCCAAGCUGAGGCCUCCCGGCGACAAAUCCAUGAAGAGGAGGGAGCCGAAAAGGAAAUCCCUCACCUUCACUGGGGGGGCCAAAGGGUUAAUGGACAUCUUUGGGAAAAGCAAGGAAUCCGAGUUCAAGCAAAAGGUGCUCAACAACUGUAAAACAACGGCGGAUGAGUUGAAGAAAUUGAUCCACCUCCAGACGGAGAAGCUUCAGUGCAUCGAGAAACAGCUGGAGUCCAACGAAGCCGAGAUCCGCUACUGGGAACAAAAGUAUAACUCCAGCCUGGAAGAAGAAAUCCUCAAGCUAGAGCAGAAGAUCAAAAGGAACGAAGUGGAGAUUGAAGAGGAAGAGUUCUGGGAAAAUGAGCUGCAGAUCGAGCAGGAGAACGAAAAACAGCUGAAGGAGCAGCUGCAGGAGAUGAGGCAGAGGAUCCUGGAGUGCGAGAGCAAGCUGAAGGACUACAUGUCUCAGAUCCACAAUAUGGAGAGCGGCCUUGAAGCAGAGAAGUUGCAGCGGGAAGUUCAAGAGUCCCAAGUGAACGAAGAAGAGGUUAAGGAGAAGAUCGAGAAGGUGAAGGGUGAAAUUGAUAUUCAGGGUCAGCAGAGUCUGAGAUUGGAAAAUGGCAUUAAAGCUGUAGAACGGUCUUUGGGCCAAGCUACCAAACGGUUACAGGACAGGGAACAAGAACUGGAGCAACUGACAAAGGAGCUGCGACAGGUCAAUCUCCAACAGUUCAUCCAGCAAACGGGAACGAAGGUCACGGUGCUGCCAGCAGACCCCGUUGAGGUGGAGGCCCCACACGUGGAGCUUGAGAGAGAGCCAACAUUUCAGUCUGGGUCACUGAAGCGCCCUGGCUCAUCGAGGCAACUCCCCAGUAACCUUCGGAUUCUACAGAAUCCCCUGUCGUCUGGUUUUAACCCGGAGGGCAUUUACGUAUGACAGUACAUACCUCUUCUGGAGAGGACCUAGCAAGGUACCCUGGACAAGAUACACUUUUGUUUUACUCUGCCAAUGAUGAAUGGAAGAAGAUUGUUGUUGUUGUUGUUAAGCCACCGUAUAUUUUUUUCUUCUUCUUCCUCCAACACACCACUUGGAGCCAUACCCUGUGCACUGAUGCUAAAGAGACAGAGGAACCGUCUCGAUUCAUAAUUGGCAAGGAUGAACUUGCUGUCAACACAGCUAGAGUGCAAAAACCUUCAUUUGUUUUUGCCACUUCAGAAGUGUUUGGGAAAGUAUUGUUCCUUGUAUAGGCGUAGAUAAAAGACUGAGGGUGAAGGAAACCAUGUAUGCAACUGAUCUGUUUAAUUUAUUCCCUUUAAUCAACGGACGUGUGAAUGUUGACCUUUUAUAUUUUUAUUUUUAACUUGUGAAUAAUCACGUAUGGCUGUAUGUCAGUCUGACAAGGUGACUUUAAUUUGCAUGUACAAACAUCCACCAUUUGACCAAGUACAACAACUUGCAAUGCAGAGUUCUGUGGAGUGCUGAACCAUUACAGUGGUUUCUCACCGCUGACUUUUAAUUUCUGUUGUGGGUCAUAAUAUGUCAUCUUCCAUCCAUUGCUACCUUUUAAGGCUUGAAAAGUGAGCUUGUGGGAUUUACUUGCUGUUGAAUCUGCCUUGAAUGAAGCACCUAGUGUUCAAAAGAUUUAUGGAAUUUAAACCUUGGCUUGGUAAAAAUAUUUCCAGCAUAUGAUUGAGGAUGCACUAGUUAGAUGAUAUUUUAUUAUAUAGAGUGUAUAUUUGAAAUAUUUUGCCACAUUGUAUAUGCCUUUUGAGAAAAGAACAAUGUAAGAAGUUGUCUUCAUAUAUCUUACCAAAAGAGAGUAGGCGGCUUUCA